GGGGCCGCGCUCUCCCCGCAGCCGCCGCCGCAGCCGCCGCCUGGGCCGCUCCGUGUCCCCGGUGGAGCCGCCGCCGCCGCCGCCGGGAGCUCGAUGCGGACGGAGCCCGGGCCGGGCCAUGGGGAUCCUCAGCAUCACGGACCAGCCGCCCCUGGUCCAGGCCAUCUUUAGCCGAGAUGUGGAGGAAGUGCGUUCCCUACUCUCGCAGAAGGAGAACAUCAAUGUGCUGGACCAAGAGAGGCGAACUCCAUUGCAUGCUGCUGCCUACGUAGGCGAUGUCCCCAUCCUCCAGUUGCUACUGAUGUCAGGUGCUAAUGUCAACGCUAAGGACACACUGUGGCUGACCCCUCUUCAUCGUGCUGCUGCCUCCCGAAACGAGAAGGUGCUGGGGCUGCUGCUGGCACAUUCAGCAGAUGUGAAUGCCCGGGACAAGCUGUGGCAGACACCGCUGCAUGUGGCUGCUGCCAACCGGGCCACCAAGUGUGCUGAGGCUCUGGCACCCCUGUUGAGCAGCCUCAACGUGGCUGACAGGAGUGGACGCAGUGCUUUGCACCAUGCAGUGCAUAGUGGGCAUCUUGAGACAGUGAACCUGCUUCUCAACAAGGGAGCCAGCCUGAAUGUCUGUGACAAAAAGGAGCGGCAGCCUCUGCACUGGGCAGCCUUCCUAGGGCACUUGGAGGUCCUGAAACUGCUGGUGGCACGGGGAGCAGACCUCGGCUGCAAGGACCGCAAGGGCUAUGGGCUGCUCCAUACAGCUGCUGCCAGUGGCCAGAUUGAAGUGGUGAAAUACCUGCUUCGGAUGGGAGCGGAGAUCGAUGAGCCCAACGCUUUUGGAAACACAGCUUUGCACAUCGCCUGCUACCUGGGCCAGGAUGCUGUGGCUAUUGAGCUGGUGAAUGCCGGAGCCAAUGUCAACCAGCCAAAUGACAAGGGUUUCACGCCGCUGCAUGUGGCUGCAGUCUCCACCAAUGGCGCGCUCUGCUUGGAGCUGUUGGUUAAUAACGGGGCUGAUGUCAACUACCAGAGCAAAGAAGGGAAAAGUCCUCUGCACAUGGCUGCAAUCCAUGGCCGUUUCACACGCUCCCAGAUCCUCAUCCAGAAUGGCAGUGAGAUUGAUUGUGCCGACAAAUUUGGGAACACGCCACUGCAUGUGGCUGCUCGCUACGGACACGAGCUGCUCAUCAGCACCCUCAUGACCAAUGGCGCAGAUACUGCCCGGCGUGGUAUCCAUGACAUGUUCCCCCUGCACUUAGCUGUUCUCUUUGGAUUCUCUGACUGUUGUCGUAAGCUUCUUUCCUCAGGUCAGCUGUACAGCAUUGUGUCUUCACUCAGCAACGAGCAUGUCCUUUCAGCUGGGUUUGACAUCAAUACACCUGAUAACCUUGGCCGUACCUGUCUUCAUGCUGCUGCUUCUGGAGGGAAUGUUGAAUGUCUUAAUUUGCUGUUGAGCAGUGGAGCUGACUUGAGGAGGAGAGACAAAUUUGGCAGGACCCCACUGCACUAUGCAGCUGCUAACGGUAGCUACCAGUGUGCAGUAACACUGGUGACUGCUGGGGCAGAUGUCAACGAGGCCGACUGUAAAGGCUGCUCUCCCCUUCACUAUGCUGCUGCUUCUGACACUUACAGGAGAGCGGAACCCCACACACCUUCCAGCCAUGAUGCCGAAGAGGACGAGCCACUGAAGGAGUCCCGCAGGAAGGAGGCCUUCUUGUGAGUAGCAGAGAGGGCCCCUGGGAUGUGCUUUCCCACCCAUGCAAGCUCUGGCCCUACUGUCCUCCUACUUACUCUGAACCUCCACCCUAUACUGCUGCUGUCCUGCUGGUCAGCCAGCAAUGUGCCUUGAGCUCUCUGGGUUUAGUCCAGAGUGGGCAAAGACAAAAGUAUGAGAUUGAAGCUCAGGAGUUUCAGGAAAAAAAAACCCCAAAAGUGUGAGACAUAGUUCUUUCCCUAAAGGAAUGAUAGUCUUCUUGAGAGGAUCAGAGAAGCUAAAUGUAAAAAAUCAUUUGUUUAUUCCACAAGCAUUAAUUGAAUAUUUACUUAUUAGGUUCCAAAUACUGUGCUAGAUACUAAGGAUAAAAGAUGAGGCCGGGCAGGGCGCGGUGGCUCACGCCUGUAAUCCCAGCACUUUGGGAGGCCAAGGUGGGCAGAUCAUGAGGUCAGGAGU